GAGGAAGCAGGCAAGGCGGGGCAGGCGGUUUGUCCGAACUGAACGGAGUAGUAGGGGGGAUUCAGUCUCUAAUCAGCAAACAGAGGCGAUGAUCUGGAAGUGAUUUUAAGUAGUCUUGUAUGUGACGUUGCUAGAAUCUCCGACUCUGCCCUUCUGCUCAAAUAAAAGGAACAUUUUCUCUUCAGUAAAACAUGCAUCAGCCAGUUCAGGUCUGGUUUGGAGAUGAUACGCCUUUAAGUCCAAGGAACCCUUUGACCCCUAGGCAUGGACCAGGCCUUGCUGAUGUUUACCAGUAUGAUCAGUGGCUGGCAGUGCGCCAUGAAGCCACUUUGGUGCCUAUGCAGGAAGAUCUGUCUAUCUGGCUUACUGGCCUUUUAGGAGUCAAAGUAAGUGGUGACAAGUUUAUGGAAGAGUUGGAUAAUGGCUUCUUGCUCUGUCAGCUGAUCUCUGUCAUCCAAAGUACAAUGAAACAGUGUUGCACAGCAGAAGAACUAAGGUGUGUUCCCAUGAGAAAAGUCCCAUGUAGGAGAGACGCCCCUUCCGGGUCCUUCUUUGCUCGUGACAAUACAGCCAACUUUCUGCGCUGGUGUAGGGGCAUUGGAGUUGACGAGACCUACCUCUUUGAGUCUGAAGGCUUAGUUUUGCAUAAAGAUCCCCGGCAGGUUUGCCUGUGUCUUCUUGAUGUUGGUCGGAUUGUAUCCAGGUAUGGAGUGGAGCCACCCGUGCUGGUAAAGCUGGAGAAAGAGAUUGAGUUAGAAGAAACUCUGAUCAUUGAAUCAGGACCAUUGGUGCCUACAAAUAUUCAGAAGUCAUGCUGUCACCGUGAGGAGCUCCAUGAAGCGGUAAAACACAUAGCAGAAGAUCCUCCAUGUAACUGUUCCCAUCGGUUCUCUAUUGAGUACUUAUCUGAAGGUCGCUAUCGUCUGGGUGAUAAAAUUCUUUUUAUAAGGAUGUUACAUGGAAAACACGUUAUGGUUCGUGUUGGUGGCGGCUGGGAUACUCUCCAAGGAUUUCUACUGAAAUAUGAUCCCUGUCGAGUAUUACAGUUUACAACUUUAGAACAAAAGAUUCUACAGUUUCAAAAAGGAGGUCAAAAUGAAAAUAUGCCUUUGCAACCUGCUAGGACUCCUCAACCACCAGUAAUGAAUCCUUUGUCUGCAGUCAGUGCUUCUCAACCAACACAUUCAAAAGCACACACACCAGUUUCAUUAGCUAAUGUUGGGAGUAACUCAUCACCAGCUUUGACCCCCAGAAGCGGAGUGCGCCCCAAAGUGCAGACUGUGCCAAGAAAGGGGUCACCUCUGUUUAUAGAACCUCAAAAGAAGGUUGCAAAGAAAUCAAAUUCUCCACCUCAAACAAGAGCAUCUCCACUUACCAGCAAAGCCCCCAAAAAUAUUUCUGCGACAAACACUUGUGUGUCUAGUGGGUCGAAACCAGGAGCUACACUUUGUAACCAGGUGGAAAAAGGAAAAGUUUCAGCUCGAGCAACCAAAGCAAUUGAGAAAACUCCAGUUUCUCAACAUUCUUCACCAAACUUGCUGCACGCUAGUGCUUCACACAGGAACUUAAAGUCACCCAAGACGUCUCCAUGUGCAUCCUCCUGCCAAAACAAACUGCUAAAAACAAUUGCUGGUUCUCAGCUACAAACAAAGCCUUUAAAAGAAACACUGGGUUCACAUAGACCAGCUGCUACCACUAAAGCUCCUGUUUCUGCACACGGAUCUGCAAAUACCAAAAGAGCUAAAGACACAUCUGGUCAGCGACCAAAUAUUAAAAUGUCUAAAGAUGAUGUUAAAACCAGGAAAGUGGAAGAACCUAGUAAAAAUAACCUAUUAGAUCGGAAACCAUUUGUAGUGUCCUCAAGAGCAAACACUAACAAACCACCAGUUACUGUACAGAAUGCUACUAAAAGCAUGCCCACAGGUGUUGCCCAUGGCAAGACUGUUACAAAAAGCAAUCCCAAAGCAGUUCCAAAAAAUGAAAUAAAAAAGACAGUUACUGAUAAAAACACUAUUUCUGGACGUACACCUUUAUCUGUUGUAAGGGUUCCGCAAUCGGCUGCCAAAACCCAUCCUGCACCAAGGACCAGCCCUUCAGCCAAAAUUCAGCCUUCACCUAAUGCAGCUUUGAUGGCUAAAGUGACGUAUCGCAAGGGUGUCCUCGAUGUCAGGAAAGAUAAGCUUCAAAAACCCAAAGUGGGUGAACAGUUAAUGGCUUCAAAAGGUGGGGAAAAGUAAUUGUGCUGCUAGAAACAAGCCAAGUGAAUGCACAUAUAUUACCCUCACCUUUUGGAAACAUGGACCCCUUUUUGACUACAUUAUCCAUAGUGUCUCUUUUCCGCUCUGCUGAUAUGCAAAUCAAUUCUGAGUAGGUGGUCAUGGGGGGAAUGAAACUUUAGUAAGGGUACAGUGUUUUAUCUCUGCUUCUGGCUGCAUGAGCCGUACAAGCACUAUAUAUUUUGUGUAUAUUUUUUAUCAAGUAAUGGAUGUACAUUAUUUUUUAUUUUGGCAAGGUAUGCUGAAUUUGUUUACAUUCAAAAGCUGUAAAUAUACAUUUAGAUUAUUUAAGUACUGCUUUAUGCUUCUGGCAUGCUAAGCAGGCAUUUUUAGCUUCUUCUGGUUUUAUUUUGAGACUUGCUGCAGUAGUGAGCGAUUCACCUAUAUACUGGAAUGCUAUGUUUAAGGGCACCAGAUGCCCUAGAGGUUCCAAAUAUUUGAAGCCUUGUUUAGAGGCACAUUCACGAGCACAUUUUGCAAUUACCAUAUUUGUAAAAUUGUAAAUUUCUUUCAUGAAUGUGGAAAAGUAAAAUUGUUUGUGCUUCAAUUUUGGAACUGAUGUUACAUGUCCAGCUGACAAGACACAACACUUCCAACCACACAAUAUAGGUGUUUUGCUAAAGUUCAGUAUAGAGGUCCCCAUACUAUGGGGCUGGUUCCCCUAGGGGGGCCCAGAGGGUGGGGGGCUCAGACUGAAUGUGAGUUGGGUGGAUUUUAGGGAGAAUGUCUAUUUGCUCUUUUAGAUACAGUUGAAAGCCCAGCUUUAAACUGAGUGGCUGAAUGUCUAAUGCACAAAUGUUCUGUUAUAUCGCUAACUGUGUUAUUACCUAAGGGGUGCCCUGACCAAAAAUGUAAACUGCCAAAGGGGGCUUGUUGUAUCUUAGUGUGAUUAUCUAGAAAGGAUAAGGGUUUCUUAACACUAAUUAAUAUCUAAUAACACUAGCAUGUGCUUACUUUUGAUUAAUGUGGGAAGUCAUAAAACUAGAGUGAAUGAUAACCCUUAGAAACCAAUCGGGGUUUUGCUUUUGUUGGUCUAACUGCAGUGACCAGCUAACAGCUGAUUGCUGUUUGGUUGAUAAAACUGGUGAAACUACACGAGUCUUGUGAAUUCCUUCAGUGUUGUUGAUGAUGUGCUGUAUGUAAUUCAGUAGAAAGGGACUUAUACAGGCUUGCCUGUAAUGCAUUUGGAGUCCUCUGUGUAUUCCGAUGACUUUUAGUGACAUCUGGAGUGUAUAAUAGUCCCACAACUGUUUUACUGUUAUGUAUAAAAUGAAUAACAGGUUUCCGCAAGCUCAGCUCCAGCAUACAAACAAGUCUGAUAUCUUAGCUAUUUCCCCUAGGGGUGUUCUGCAGAUUUCCACCCUGUUUGCCCUACUGCACUGGGGGAAAACUUCCAAACACUUAUAAAAUACAGAAAAACUAGAAAAGCAAUAAUGUAGGUGUUUCAUAUCACAUUAGAGAGAUUUUGUUUUUCACUGUACUAGGAGUACUUUUAAUCACAGUCUUAGACUUUUCAGAUUUUUUAUUUCACUUUUUUUAGUUCGGGAACAUUUGUGAACCACGGCUUGCAGGAAGAGGGUUUUUUGGGGUGCUAAGCUUCUCAGCUUCCCCUUCCCUUUAGUUGCAGCUUGGAAAGAAGGAGGGAGCAUGAAACUAGAAUUGCCACUUUAUCUAAAACACCUAUUAAAUACAUAUCAUAUUCGGCUAAUCAGCAGUUCAUUUGGAUCUGUGCAGUUUGCAGCACGGAUAUAAAUUAAAGGGGAUGUCUACACAGUUUGCUAAACUACAAAUCAUAGUAUACAACAACAUUUCAUCAGCGGUAUAAGCUUGCUGGGAGCUGUGGUCCACCGACAUUAGGGUUGUAUACUCAAUGCAAUAUUGUACAACAAAACUUUUCCCCAGUCCCCCAGGGCCUAUGGCCCAAUUAAAAAUACAAAGCAAUUCUCCGAUGAGAAUUCCACUUUAUUUGUGCAAAUCUGUAACUUAGUCCUCUAUGUUAGAAAAUUAGGGAGUGCAGAGGGCCAGUUUUAUAGAUGGUAUACAACCUCUUUAAUUGUUAAUCAGCCAUUUAGGAAAUAUAUAUAUAUAUAAAUAUGUUCAAUUUUAAAGGAGUGAGGUGGCAACCCUAAGCUGCUACCCACUGAUCUGGCAAUAUUUCGGCUUUGGAGUGGAUUUUGACAUAUUUAAGAUUGGUUAGUUGGCCCUGGCUUUUUGGUUUUCUAGUGUUUUAGGUACUGCUAAAACAGAUAUUGGGCCUCAUACCUGUAUCUAAAAAUCAAGCAAGCUUUUAAAUGCAUUGAAACUUUUCACUCAAAAAGGCAAUCUUGCCAGCAAAAAUAUAAUGUAUCAUGAGAAAUUUAGUGUCUGUUUUAUGACAGAAUGUUAUGUGUUUGUAAAUGUACCAAACUGGUAAUCUGUCCUUUCCAAUCAUUUGGUCGUCAUGGGAGUGUAAAUAUUACUAGAAGUGCACUUUGCUACAAAAAGGUGAAUAUUAAGCUAAUAAAUUUGUUUUUGGAUUCUAA